AUGACCCAAUUACAACCGGGGGAUUUUACCGGAACUGUCCUUUUCCUUGAUUUUUCGACCGGAGUUUCACCGGAGAAUGUGAAAAUCGUGGCUCGAACUUUACCAAGAAUGUCAUUAAGUUCUAAUAACUUGAUUCUCUCUGGAAUAUUGGAUAUCCCUACUCUGAUAAGUGAAAACACUCCAACAAUUAUGAAAGCUUUGAAAAAGAAGAAAUUGUGGAAAUUAGUUAAAGAACCUAUAGAGCUUUUAUCGCUACUGGACGAAGUAGAACAAUUUGUUACAAAGUAUAUUGAACGUAAAAAUAAAAAUAUUAAAAUACCAAAAAAACAUACGUCUUUAUUUGCUAGAAUUAAAAAUUUAGUUAAUUCAAUGUAA